UGCUGCUUUUUAACCACAAUGGCUUGAUACGUGUCGUGCCAAUUAUGUAUCUUCAACUCUGAUUUUACUUCGGUUUCGUACUUGUGUGAUGCACGUUUCUUUCGCAUUCUGAAAUCAUCUGUUUCGAUGCAAUUGAACAACAGUCAUGAGAGAUCGCAAGCGAGUUUUGUUUAGGUUAAGUGAAACGUAACGAAAUGUCAAACAAAAAUAUUGCCGAGACAAAAUUAUUAUUAGACAAAUGUUCGCUUGAAAUAACAAGAGAGAGGAUAUUUAAAGGUAGAUUCGAAUCGACACAGUCGCGAAUGUUGCAAGUGUGUGUCGAAACAAUAAUACGUAAUUUUCAACAAAAAUGUCUCGCAAAGUUUCAGACUAAGUUAAAUUAACAUUGAAAGCGUUCCUGUGAUAUCGACACUUGAAUGAGAUGUUAAUUUAAAACUUUAUUAUUACACGCGCGCGCGUGUAUGCGUGUCGAAGUCCGCGCGUCCUUCAAACACGUCCACUGUGAGAAUAAUUGUCUAGCAAUCUCGCGUGUCUCUAUGUGUGUCAAUCAAAAGUAUACAGUUCUUCGCAGACUGGCGAAAUGAUACACGUCGCGCGUAAUUGCUAGCGUAAGCUCGCACGCGAGGAUGUCCGUCGCGGACGGACGGACAAUGCCGCGAUUAGAUUACGUGUAUCGUAUUCGAGAUUUCGUGUCUCGCGUUAGAAAAUUAUAUCUCGGGGAGAGGAAAGGAGAAAAAACGACGCAUUAUUUAAACGUGUGUAUUGGUGUCGUAUCGGGUCAAAGGUGUGCUUUUUUGUAAACAGAUUGGCGAAUCGUUUGGGAAAUCGUGACCGGCGCGACGUGAGCCCGGCAAUCCAAAAUGGGACCGAUACGGAUAAAUGUAUCGCGAGGGAAGUUGCGAGACAUGCGCACACCGCUGUUGUUUCGCGACUUGUAAUCGCGCCAUUCUUUGCGAUCGGAGCGAGAUAACAUAACAGAAUGGCGAUCGGAAACGACCGUUGGAAGAAAGGGACCUACGUCGAUGGGCUGGCGAAAUUGGCGUCGAGACGCCUGCCGAUUUUGGCGUGGCUGCCGAAAUAUAAUUCAGAAAAAUGUCUGAGCGACGUCAUAGCCGGCGUCACGGUCGGUCUUACCGUUAUGCCGCAGGGACUUGCGUACGCGACUCUGGCUGGCUUGGAACCUCAGUACGGACUCUACUCGGCAUUUAUGGGAGCAAUAGUUUACGUGAUAUUUGGUUCAUGCAAAGAUAUCACGAUUGGUCCAACCGCGCUCAUGGCUCUAAUGACGCACGACUACGUGCAGGGAAGAAACGCGGACUUUGCCAUACUUCUCGCGUUCCUGUCCGGUUGUCUGCAGUUACUGAUGGCAUGUCUGCGUUUAGGUGUACUUAUAGACUUUAUCUCGAUACCGGUUACUGUGGGAUUCACAUCGGCAACGUCCGUUAUAAUCGUUGCCUCGCAACUUAAAGGCCUGCUAGGUCUGAAAAUCUCGUCGCAAGGAUUUUUGGACACCAUGACCAAGGUGUUUCAAAAUAUCGGCGACACGAGUUUGUGGGACGCCGGUAUGAGCUUUUCCUGCAUCGCAAUUCUACUGUUGUUCAGGAAAAUGAAAGAUAUCAAAUUGCGCACGGUCGACAAGAAUUAUCAGUCAAGGAGUUAUCAAGUACUCGAGAAAACUAUAUGGUUGGUGUCGACGGCGCGAAACGCUAUUGUUGUUAUGAUUUGUUCCGUCAUUGCUUAUAAAUACAACGCGUCCGAGUAUGGAUCCCCGUUCAUAUUGACGGGUCCGGUCAGAUCCGGUCUUCCCUCGUUCGGUCUUCCGCCUUUCUCCACGCAAGUAAACAAUCAGACCUUUACCUUCACGCAAAUGUGUUCCGAAUUGGGUACCUCCAUAGUGUUGGUGCCGAUAAUAGCGGUUCUCGGCAACGUGGCCAUCGCCAAGGCUUUCGUGAACGAGGGCAAAGUUGACGCCACUCAGGAACUACUGACGCUUGGUAUUUGCAACGUUCUCGGAUCUUGUGCGAACUCCAUGCCAGUCACAGGAUCGUUCAGCAGGUCGGCGGUGAAUCAUGCGAGCGGCGUAAAAACUCCAAUGGGCGGACUCUACACCGGAAUCCUGAUUUUACUGGCUCUCAGCUUGCUCACGCCGUACUUCUAUUUCAUUCCAAAAGCCUCAUUGUCAGCCGUAAUUAUCUGUGCCGUAAUAUACAUGAUCGAGUACGAAGUUGUGAAAUUAAUGUGGAAAUCGAGCAAAAAAGAUCUCAUACCGAUGUUCGUUACCUUCUUGUUCUGUCUCGUUAUUGGUGUGGAAUAUGGGAUUCUGUUGGGAGUCGGCAUAAAUCUAAUGUUUCUGUUAUAUCCCUCCGCGAGACCUACGGUUCACGUCGACAGAUGCACAACCGAUCACGGCGCAGAGUACUUACUGGUUACUCCAGGAAAUAGUUUGUACUUUCCAGCUGUUGACUUCAUAAAGCAGUCAGUCGGUAACGCCGCUAUAAAGCAGGGAUCUAGUCAAGUACCGGUUGUCGUUGAUUGUAGGUACAUCUUAGGGACUGACUUCACUGCUGCUAAGGGUAUAAAAACGUUGAUCAAUGAAUUUAGUAGCCGUAAGCAGGGCUUGUACUUUUACAAUCCAAAGUUGGAGGUUGUCACCGUGCUGAAAGGCUUCUGCGGCGAUGAAUUUCAAUAUGUCUCGACUCAAGAAGAGCUUUCUUAUCUGUUAUCGACAGUUCAAGACAAAUCGUCGCAACAACUUGUCGAACAAACGCAUGACAAGCUACACACGGCCUCAAAUAAUUCGGAGAUGACUCACAGAAAUACGCACGGUUCCUGCCACGAGCUCAGCGAGGUCACGAGCACACUUUUGCACGCCACUGUGAGUUGAUCCUGUUGUUCACAAUCUUCGCGUGUUACCAAAAAAUCGGAGUAUUGUUAAAAAAAAAAAAAAAAAAAAAAAUGUGUUACAUAUUUAAAACCUUUAUUUA